AUCCCCAACACAGAAGGCUAUAACUGUUAUCCACCCAUAAAGGAACUUUUUUGGAUGACUUUGGUCAUGUAUACCUGUCCUUUGAAAAGCACAAGGGUAGAUGCAUGACCAAUAGGAUUCACAUACCUAUGCAAACGCCGAACAAAUAAUUAGCCUGUCAACUCACCCCUGGACACAGGCACAAUGGAACCAGCCAUGCAGAACAAUUGCUGAGCCAAGAGUAAUGGCACAUUGAAAGAAGUGAGUCAAACAAGGCAACAGCGGUCCACCACCAAGUAAUCAUCGUUGAUUUACAGCCAAUAGGCUCAUUUGUGUGAUUAUGGAAGGGAAAUCAAUCUAUGACUUUGCUAUGGAGACCCUGGAUGGCAAAACUAUAUCACUUAACAAUUAUAGGGGCAAAGUGAUCCUUGUUGUUAAUCUGGCAACUUUCUGAGGGUCAACCAUUGAGGAGUACCACAGACUGAAUGCACUGAUGAAUAUGUUUGGUGACCUCAAAUUCGUUAUCCUUGGAUUCCCAUGCAAUCAGUUUGGCCUACAAUCCCCGGAGGUAAACCAUGAGACCCUUAAUGUCAUCAAGCAUGUAAGACCUGGUGGAUGCUUUGUCCCAAAGUUCCCCAUAUUUGGAAAGAUUGAAGUUAAUGGAUUAAAUGAAGAGCCUCUUUUCACCUAUCUCAAGGGAACAUUGCCUUAUGUCAAUCCUGUCAUAGGAGACAUAAAGAAAUUCUACUGGUCUCCUAUUAAAGUCAACGACAUUAGGUGGAAUUUUGAGAAGUUCCUCAUCACAGCUAAUGGUGUGCCAUUCAAAAGGUAUGAGCUACACAGCCCCAUAGAAGAGCUGGAAAAGGACAUAGCAGGGUUGCUGUGAAUGUUUUUUCCUCAUCGCCACCACAUUCCACCACCUUAACAGGAUAUGACUCUCACCAAGGGGGGCAGA